AUGGACAACAUCGACGAGGAAUAUGACCGGCUUGUUGAACACCUUCACGAAUGCGCGAAGAAGGCUGAGAGUUUUAAAACCACCAAGAGGCGCCUGUCUCUUCAAACUCUUGAGCUGAUACGCCAGCGUGGAGCAGCACGAGCCGCAGGGAACCAAGAACUCACGUCCGAGCUCGCAAGACUUUGCAGAGGGGCGAUAAAGGAAGACCUUAAAGAGAGAAGAGCAGAAGUGCUGGCUGAAGCUGCAGAGGCGGGGAAAAGCAUCCGCUAUGCCCGUCGAGACUUCGGCAUUCGCAAGACAAGGAUGACUGCUCUCAGGAACCCGAAGGGAACAACCACUGCAUCGAGAAGGGGGAUGGAGAAAAUCAUCUACGACUUCUACUCUGAUCUCUUCGACAGCCAUGUCCACUUGCCUCCUCACCAUCUGAGGGAAGAUGGACAAGUCAUUCCAGAGGUUCUCCCGUCCGAAAUACGACAUGCUAUCAUGUCGGUAAGAAAUCGUACGGCACCCGCUCCCGACAGAAUAAGACCAGAACACCUGAAGAGCCUUCCGCCAGUACUCAUCAACACCCUGGCGAGGCUCUUUACACGUUAUCUGUCGGAAUGUAAGGUUCCUAAACAGUGGAAGACCAGCAAGACCGUGUUGUUGUAUAAAAAGGGAGAUCCACAUGACAUCGGCAACUAUCGUCCAAUCUGCCUACUGUCCGUCAUCUACAAGCUCUUUACAAGAGUAAUCCUUAAUAGGAUUGAAAAAGUCUUGGAUGAAGGACAGCCAUGCGAGCAAGCAGGGUUUCGAAAAGGAUUCAGCACGAUUGACCACAUUCACACUGUUUCGAAACUCAUCGAGGUAUCACGAGAGUACAAGAUGCCGCUCUGUCUCACCUUCAUCGACUUAAAGAAGGCUUUCGACUCGGUUGAGACGGAAGCGGUCGUGGAAGCCUUGGACAGCCAAGGCGUCCCUACUCAGUAUAUAAAAGUAGUUCGAGAGUUGUACAGUAACUUCACGACCGGAAUUUCGCCAUUCUACAAGAACAUCAUCAUUGACGUGAAGAGGGGGGUCCGACAGGGUGACUCAAUUUCACUCAAAAUAUUCACAGUCACCCUCGAGAACGCAAUGCGAAAGUUGGAAUGGGACGACAUGGGAGUGAAGGUUGAUGGUCGGCAGCUACACCAUUUGCGCUUUGCUGAUGACAUCGUACUGGUAACACCUAGCAUCAGCCAAGCGGAACGAAUGCUGACCGAAUUCGACGAAACAUGUGGAUGCAUCGGUCUUCAGUUGAAUCUACAAAAGACGAUGUUCAUGCGGAACGGAUGGGUCUCGGAUGAUCCAUUCACGCUCAGCGGAACGAACAUAUCCGAAUGCACCAGCUACGUUUAUCUGGGUCGGGAACUGAACAUGAUGAACAACCUGACCCCCGAGCUGGGCAGGAGGAGACGAGCGGCUUGGGGAGCGUACAAGAGCAUCGAGGAUGUAGUGAAGAAGACCAGGAACACCCGGCUCCGUGCUCACCUCUUCAACACCACCGUACUUCCUGCUUUGACCUAUGCUUCGGAAACCUGGGCAUUUCGCAAGCAGGUGAGCGUCAUUGAACGCGCAAUUGAGAGAGUGAUGCUAGGAGUAUCCCGUUUCACGCAAGUGAGGGACAGGAUUCGAAGUUCCCUCCUACGUCAGCGAUCGAUGAUUAGAGACGCCGCCGCGUUUGCCAAGGAAAGUAAAAUAAGGUGGGCCGGACACGUGAUGCGCUUUGAUGACAACCGUUGGACCAGAGCCGUGAGCGACUGGGUUCCCAGCGAUAUUAAGCGCACUACAGGAAUACCGCCGACCCGAUGGUCAGAUUUCUUCAAGAAGUCCUUGAAAGAAAAAUAUGAUGCUCUUCGUGUCCCACGCGAAAGGAGGAACCACUGGGCUACUCUGGCACGCGAUCGGGACAAAUGGAAGACACUGGCGCCCGCUCGACCAGUUCGAAGAUCAACGGGAGUCAAGGUGAUCAAGGUGAUCAGCCUUUGGUGA